CCACGACCACGAUCGAAGGCAGCCUCGACCCACCACGCACUCACGGGACCCCUGAUUGCAAUGGCUCUAAAAUAUCUCGCUCCUCAAAGCUAUCUUCUCCCAUUCUGCCACGAUGGAGCGAUUGAAAUUCCCGGGGCGGCUGUCUGACAUCUCUCAGACAACCUGGAAACACUGUUGCAGCCAACCACCAGCCGCGUCUACCGACUCCCUCAUGCUUCAUCAUCCACGCUUUCCCGAAACGAGGAGUUAUAUUGGGCCAAUUCUCCACAAGGGCGCAUCGCCAUUCAGCCACCUUCCCAGAGAGAUUUACGACCCAAUCGUACGGAGUAUAUCGCGCAAAGACGAUCUCCUCUCCCUCUGCCUCUGUUCUCGCCUAUUCAGAUACGAGUGCCAGCGGGUCCUCUACGACGACGUUCGUCUCCGUGGAACUCCCCGACUAAUCGCAUUCGCCAACGCGAUUCUGUCCAACCCAAUCCUCGGCCCCCUCGUCCAUAAACUCACACUACCAACACGGGCGUUUCUAUCGCCGUACGAGCGCCAGAGGCUGAGAGACGCGAUCCGGCGGCUCAGCUCGCUCCACGAACUGUACCUCAAGCACCGAAUGACCCAGUUCGAAUGCGCGAACGCCUACGUCGACCCGGAAUUGCUGGAGGGGUCCAGUGCUGAACUGGAGCUGUUCCACACGGAGCUCGACUACCCGGAUGGGUCUCUACCACUCGAUUCCCCUUUCUUCAAACAGCACCCUCAUCUUAAUCACCUCCACCUCGCUUGGGAGAGUUGCCCCGAGCCUUUAACGCUUGCGCCAUGCCUUGACUGCCAGCGUGGGGGUCGGCUGACGCAGCUUUCGCUUGGCCCAGACCUUCCGAACCUACGCCAGCUUCACGUCGAGAACCCGGAUCUCCUCUCCCUCUUCUCGGGCUGCCCCUUGCGGUGUCUCCACCUCAAGAACGUGAUAAUGACGUCGGAGAAGAUUUCAAUGCUCUCCAGAUUUCUCGGCCAGUUCUCGAGGACAUUGACGAACCUCGGCUUGCAAGUCAAGUUCCCUACUAGUCUAGCACAGACGGUCGAGAGGGAGAGUGGGAUCGUAUGCAACCUUGUUCAAUCGAUUUGCAGCUCGCUACCUAAGCUCAACGUUCUAUCCCUGAGUGGUGAAAUCAUCAUCGCCCCUGAACGCUGCUCGCAAUGGCUACCCCUGUCCAACACCGCCCUCGAAACCCUGGUACUCAACACAUCCAAACGCGAGUACCACAUCUCCGACUCCCAGUCCAUCCAAGGGACGAAUUCUCCGGAGAAGAAUGGCAGGGAUUUGGCGUUGGCGAUCUUCGAGAUUGCACCUGCCAUCCAGAGGUUCGCUGUUGGUCGUUCAGGGUGUAUCGCUGAGGCGGGGGGUAGUUGGUGUUACGCUAGGAGGAAUGGGAAGGUGUGUUUUGAGGGACGAGGAGUGCUGGGAGAGGACUGUUGGAUGAAGGUUUGA